AUGGACAUCAUCAACGGCGCCGUGCUCCCGCGCUACCACGCCGCCCCCGCCACGGGCGCCGCUGCGGCGGCCUCCGUCGCCGACGCGAGGGUCAGCGGCCACCUCCAGCUGCUCCGGCGCGUGCGCGUCAGAGGAAGCGGAGGCGCCGGGCUGCUGCAAGCGACGACGACCCGCGCCGGCGUGGCGCGCAGGUUCUUCUCCCCGCCGACGCCGCGGCACGGGAGGACCAUCGGCUGCCGGCCGGCUCGCUGCACCCUCGGCGGCUCCUCCUCCGACGGCGACGGCGCCGCCGCCGCGGACUUCGACGCCAGCGGGGAGGAGUUCGUCGACUCCAGCGUCAUGGAGGCCGUUGAGCUCAGGAGCGUGUCGGACGGCGGUUUCGUCAUCAAGAUGCGCGACGGCAAGAACCUGAGAUGCGUGCAGAACAACCCUCGGGUGCUCAGGCUCCGGGACUCCGCGCCGCACCACGCGAUUGUGCUCAAGAUGGAAGACGGCAGCGACCUUCUGCUCCCCAUCAUCGUCAUGGAGACGCCAAGCAUUAUGUUGCUGGCUGCGCUUCGGAACAUCCGAAUUCCAAGGCCAACUAUCUACAAUGUCGUAUUGGAGAUGACUGCAAGGAUGGGAUAUGAGGUGCGUUUGGUGCGGAUUACAGAAAUGGUCCAUGACGCAUACUAUUCUCGACUAUAUCUUGCAAAGAUUGGGAAUGAGCAAGACACUAUUAGUUUUGACCUCAGGCCAUCGGAUGCUAUCAACAUUGCUUUCCGUUGCAAGGUCCCUAUACAAGUUAACAGGCGUAUCGCAUAUAACAAUGGAUUGAAAGUCGUACAACCAAAGACGGCUGAUAGUUAUGUAGGCUCCGACGACAUUCAAAUCACAAGGCUUGACAGACCUGAUGACCAACAUUGCAGUGAGGCCCAAGAGUUUGAUUUGGUCCGGAAUAUGCUCAUCGCUGCAGUAGAAGAACGCUACAAAGAUGCUGCUCAAUACAGAGACCAACUCUUCACGUUGCGGUCAAAGAAAAAGAACGCAAUAUAG